AUUCUCUUUCCGCCGAUCAUGUGAUCGCAAAAAAAAAAAAACACUCUUGAGAAAGAAAAAGUAAAUAUAUCCUUUCCGUGUCUUACUGGUUCGUAGACAAAGAGAUACAAGCUACAUUAGUUCGGCGGUGUGUGUCUACUCUAUUACUCUGGCCGUAUGAAUUACGUCUACGCAAGUUAAUGACAGGAUAUAAUUGUAAUGCAAGAGUAAUUUAUUGACUGGCUGUAUUCGGUUUAGAUACAUCUUUUGGUGACCGUUAUACCUGUAAUACCGGGAAUGCGAGAUUCAGCGUUGUUUCUUAGUUUCUGUAUUUUGUGUAUAACUAUACUCCAGGCCCCGGGGGCACCUCGGUGUCCCCCAUGUACCGGGCACCCCUCAUGCCCCAAACUCCGGGAAGGAUGUGAGAGGGUGGCCUUGCCAUGCAGUUGUUGUGAUGACUGUGCCAGGCUGAUUGGAGAGAAUUGCUCUGCCUACAGUCCAAGAUGUGCCUCGGGACUAAUGUGUAUGAACAUGCGAGGAGAGGCACUGGAGCGGGUCCCUCGGAUUAUGAGAACCUACCAUGGGAUAUGUCAAAAUGUUGUGGUUCAGCCAGUUGUCGUGGAGAACACAGAUAUUGAAGAGAGGCAGAUAGGAUCAAAACAUUACAGGAAUGGAGUCUAAACAGACGCUCCGUAAACCACUAUCAUACAUGUACACCGCGUGUUUGUAAAUUGAUUGCAAUGUAUUGUACCUGAUCAUUGUCUCACAUAGCCUUAUAGUGAUCUUACACAGUACCUGUUUAUAAACCGACACCAUCAUAUUUUAUGUACUUGUUAAACCAUAAUUCGUAUCUUACUUUCUGGUUUUUUUAAUCAUGAAAAAGACAUCAGUUGUAAUUUUACUAUUUAUAAUCAAACCUGUCGACAUUUGCCUCCAUCACGAGCUUGUUGUACGCCAGACCGUUAGUUUACUAAUCGAUGGUGUUACCUAUACUGUCGUGUUACAUUGUCUGUUUCAAUGUAAGGGUACUGAUUCAAUGUCGAACAUAAAAUAAUACUUCCCUGUUAAAGGUAAAUGUUAUUUCCUGUAUAUCAAAACAAAGCCAAUUGUAAGCAGCGAACAUUUUGUCGAGUUAAAGAAAAGCAUCAUGUGUAUUUUGGACACUUGUAUUUUUUGCAUUAGUAAAAAGAAAAGUAAAUCUAGCCGCGAAAUACUGACUGAAUACUAACUCUUAUCCGUUAGGAAUGGUAUACUCUGUGUGUAGUAAAGCGAGACGGCACAUUUCUACUGGAUGUAUCUAGGUUUUACACGAUAUCCUGACAGUGUAAUCAUCAAAGGGUCAUGAUCAUCAGGUAGCGCUUUUGGAGACACGUUUUCCUCCUUAUCCUGGUCACUUUUAUUUCAUCGAAUCAGUAACACAGCAAGUGUUUAUGGCUUCUAAUAGCUCUAUGUUAUCAUCAGAGGUGUAGUGCUAACCUGUGCUUAUGUUCAUGUUAUUGUAAUAAAUACUGUUAUCAUUCCUA